CCCCCCUCUGACUAUAUAAAGCGCAGACAUCUCCAGGCGAGUUCACAAUCCCAGGCAGGACGAAACAGUAUCCAGGCACCAUGCUCACCUCUCCCCUCCAGCGCUGCCUCUUCUACCUCUCCUGCGUCCUCUUCAAAAGCUGCUUGUCCUUCAAAAACGACGGCACGGAGGUCCUCUACUCCCAUGUGGAUAAACAUCUGCUGCACGCCGCCAACAGCAGCUCCAUCAACCAAGCCCGCAAUGGGGGCAGGCACCCACUCAACUCGCCCGUGGACAGGACCAACCAUAAUCAAGUUGGGUGCCGGGAACUGAGGUCCACCAAGUAUAUUUCGGACGGCCAGUGCACUAGUUUGAGGCCAAUAAAGGAACUGGUUUGUGCCGGAGAGUGCCUUCCUCUUCCCAUUUUACCCAACUGGAUCGGAGGUGGAUACGGUCUCAAAUACUGGAGCCGCAGGAGCACCCAGGAAUGGCGUUGCGUCAACGACAAAACGCGGACCCAGCGCAUACAGCUGCAGUGCUCCGACGGCACCAGCAGAACCUACAAAGUGACGGUGGUGACUUCCUGCAAGUGCAAAAGAUACACCAGGCAACACAACGAGUCCAGCCACAACUACGAAGGCUCUGUCAAACCCAUCCACCCCCACCAUCACGGCCACCACAGCCGGGACAAAAAAAAACUCAGCAAAAUCAGUAGGCUCAUCUCCAGCUAGACGUGGGCCACCAUAGACUGGACUUCAUUGUAAACCCAGGGGGGCUUCGUCCCACCAGACUGAAUUGGAUAUUUUUCUCCAAUGGAACUCUUGGGUCGCUCUCUGACCGUUAAAGCUACGUUACUGAUAUACAGAUUUUUAUAUAUAUUCUUUAUUCUUUUUUGAAGGACUGAGAUUUAUUUUUGGGAAUAUCCGGGAACUCGGGAAAAUCUGCCAAAGUCUUAUGGCUAAAGCGUACCAAUGU